GAGCUCUCCAGUGAAGGGAGAGUGAAGGGCAGAGGAGGAAGCUGCUGAAGGAGGGCAGGGCAGAGGCCAAGCCCGAAAGAGAGGAGCUGCCAGCCAAUAAGGGGUGAGCUGCCUGCACCCUGAGCUGCAUGAGAUCCCAGGGCCGUGGUCCACAGUCUUCUCAUUGGUGUCCGGGACCACGUGGGGAUGCUGCUGUGGCUGCUUGUCCUCUCGGCUCUGAGUCUCCAGGCCUGGGGGUACUCCCCUCAGUUCUCCUGGAAUGAAACCCAAGCCAGAGAAGUGUCAGAGCGGCUUGUGGACCUGUUUGUGGGCAUCUCACAGCUCAUUCGCAAGGGUCGCAAUGAUGCCCCCACCAUUGUUUCCCGCAAGGAGUGGGGAGCGAGAUCUCAGACUUGCUGGGCCCAGCUGACCCCACCUAUGGCCUAUGUCAUCACACAGCAGCUCACGGGGAUGGAGUGCCAGGAGCAGAACAUUUGCAGUGAGAAGCUACGGGGCCUUCAGGCCCAUUCCGUCUACACCAAAGGCUGGUGCGACUUGGCCUACAACUUCCUGAUUGGGGACGAUGGCAGGGUGUAUGAAGGUGUCGGCUGGAAUAUCCAGGGUUUGCACACCCAGGGCUACAACAACGUCUCCCUGGGCCUCGCCUUCUUUGGCACCAAGGAAGGCCACAGUCCCAGCCCGGCUGCCUUAUCAGCCGCAGAGGACCUGAUCUUCUAUGCCAUCCGGAAGGGACACCUGUCCCCCUGGUAUAUUCAGCCACUACUCUUGAAAGAAGAGAUGUGCCUGGCCUAUCAGCAGCCAGCAAUGCCCAGGAAAGCUUGCCCCAGCAUCAUCCCACGGUCAGCGUGGGAAGCCAGAGAGACACACUGCCCUCAAAUGAGCCUCCCAGCCAAAUACGUCAUCAUCAUCCACACGGCUGGGACGACCUGCAACACAUCCGCGGACUGCCAGACUCGCAUCCGAGACAUACAGUCCUACCACAUGGACAGACUGGACUUCUGUGACAUUGGAUAUCACUUCCUGGUGGGCCAGGAUGGCGGUGUGUAUGAAGGCGUUGGCUGGAAUAUCCAAGGCUCUCACACCUAUGGAUACAACGAUAUCGCCCUAGGAAUUGCCUUCAUAGGCAACUUUGUAGAAAAGCCACCCAAUGCCGCAGCGCUGGAGGCGGCCCAGAGCCUGAUCCAGUGUGCGGUGGACCAGGGGCACCUGGCUCCCAACUACCUGCUGGUGGGGCACAGUGACGUUAGCCAGAUCCUGUCUCCUGGGAAGGCUUUGUACAACAUCAUCAGCACCUGGCCUCACUUCAAACAGUGAGGGCCCGGCAGGCUUUGGUCAAGGAAGCUGUGAACUCUCCGCCUCCAUCAGCACUCAGCAAGGCCUCCUCAAACCAACAACACUGCAUGGUCUGCAAUACUGUCCUCUCAAAGUUAUGCACUUUUUAUUGGUCUUAAAGACACAGUCAAAGUAAACUCAGCACACAGCCUCACUGCUGCCUCUUCUGCCUCAUUC